AUGGCGGAGAUGGAAGUGAGCCUGUUGCGCCAGUGCCCGCUGCUUCUGCCUCAGAACCGGGCGAAAACCGUGUACGAAGGAUUCAUUUCGGCUCAGGGACGUGAUUUUCACCUUAGAAUAGUGUUGCCUGAAGAUUUACAAAUGAAGAAUGCAAGAUUAUUAUGUAGUUGGCAACUGAGAGCAAUACUUAAUGGAUACCAUCAAAUAGUACAACAGAGAAUGCAGCACUCUCCUGAUCUAAUGAGCUUUAUGAUGGAGUUGAAGAUGAUUUUGGAGGUUGCUUUAAAGAAUAAACAAGAGUUGUAUGCACCACCUCCUCCUCCCCAGUUCUACGCAAGCCUCAUUGAAGAGAUAGGAACUCUUGGUUGGGAUAAACUUGUAUAUGUGGAUACUUGUCUCAGUACCAUCAAGUUAAAAGCUGAAGAUGCUUCUGGUAGAAAGCAUCUAAUUACCCUCAAGUUGAAGGCAAAGUACCCUGCAGAAUCACCAGAUUGUUUUGUGGAUUUUCCUGUUUCAUUUUCUGUUUCCUGGACACCACAGAGCUCCUUAAUAAGCAUUUAUGGUCAGUUUUUGGCAGCCUUAGAGUCACUGAAGGCAUUCUGGGAUGUUAUGGAUGAAAUCGAUGAAAAGACUUGGGUACUUGAGCCAGAAAAACCUACCCGGAGUGCGACAGCACGCAGAAUUGCACUAGGAAAUAAUGCUUCAAUAAAUAUAGACGUUGACCCCAGGCAUCCUACUAUGCUUCCUGAGUGCUGCUUUCUUGGAGCAGACCAUGUGGUAAAACCUCUGGGAAUUAAGCUGAGCAGAAACAUACAUUCGUGGGAUCCAGAAAAUAGUCUGUUACAAAACUUGAAAGAUGUUUUAGAAAUAGAUUUUCCAGCUCGUGCUAACCUGGAAAAAUCUGAUUUUUCUAUGGAUUGUGGGAUUUGUUAUGCCUAUCAACUUGAUGGCGCCAUUCCUGAUCAAGUGUGUGAUAAUUCCCAGUGUGGACAGCCUUUCCAUCAAAUAUGCUUAUAUGAGUGGUUGAGAGGACUACUGACUAGUAGACAGAGUUUUAACAUCAUAUUUGGUGAAUGCCCAUAUUGUAGCAAGCCAAUUACCUUGAAAAUGUCUGGAAGGAAAUCCCGAAAUAAAUAAGAAUGUAACAUUUCUGUGAAGAACUGGCAACUUUAAAAAUUAAUUAUCAAAAGGACUUUAUUUGAUAUCUUCAUAGAAAAUAUAAAGCAAGACAUACUAAAGUCAAAAGAAAAAGAAUGAUGAAGCCAUAAUAAUACACGUCUGCCUUUGUCUCUUCACUAAGAGUAAAGUCUGUGACCUCCAUACCAGUUGUAGAAGUAGAUGUAUCCCAAGAUGAAGAUCUCGAAUUAUUGAAUAUAUCUGGACUGGUAGAAUCUUGAUAGGGUUCAUAAAAUGAAUUUGGGAAAUAUAUACAGCUGGACUGUUGUGGAGAACUUUUUAUUUCAUUCAGAAUUUCUUGAGACUCACAAUACUUUUGUCUUCUCCUUGUGCUUUCCUAUAGGAAAUACAUAUAUUGUGUUAGAUUUGAAUUAUCCUAGUAUUUAUUUUGUGUAGUCUGUAAGAAUACUAAAUAAAACAUGUUACA